AUGGCGAGCUCUGUCCCAGUACCAUCGUCUCCUCAGCUUUGCGAUUACUGCCACCAGAAGCCGAAAUUUUCGAACCAUGCCUACUGUUCGAAGACUUGCGCCGGUCUCGCUGCGACUUUAUGUAACCACUGUCACAAGAAGCCUAAAUUCCAGAACUUCGACUAUUGUGGCAAGAAUUGUGCUGCUCUCGCUAACCCCGGUGGCAAGAGUCGGAACGCCACUGGUGCUUCUACCCAACCCCAGGCCGCUGCCUCUGGAGGCAAGACCUAUUCGAAAGGCAAUGCCAGCAACCAACAACAACAACAGGGUGCAUCCACUAUUGACCCUGUACAGCUCGCGAGUGAGUGUCGAUUUCAUUUAGGACUUCCUCGACGAUACGAUAUUUCCGAUAUCCACGACCGUAUCGCAUCGAGCCUUGCGUUGAUACGAUGGAUGAGAACUGGAUUUCAUCUACCUUUGUCCGCCUAUCUAGAAUUCGUUGCACAACAUAUCCCACAAGUGCAAGCCCUGCUCGCUCCCAACUCCGGAGGAGCGACGAACCCUAUAAACUCGUCGGGUUCGACUGUCCAGCCUCCCACGAAUCCUUUCGUUGGAGGAACUGCGGCUGCCCAAUCCGCACCUGUCAACAAUCCUUUCAUCAACGCGCAAGCGCAGAAUCCCUUCGCGAAUCCCCAGCCGCAGACAACGAGUAACGGUGCAGUUCCCUUAGCUGCCUCUUCCAAUACCCUCCCUAGCGCUCAACCUGCCCAUGCUAGCACGCAGCAAGCUGCCAUUAAUAUUGAGUGCCUUAUCCCUGGCUGCGGGAAGCCUGUCCACAUUGACGCGAAAGGCAUAAAGAUGAGCGAUUACUGCUCCAUGAGGCAUCGCGAGGAGGCCGUGACUUCAGGACUCGUCCCUCCUUGUAUAAUGUGCUUGGCGUACCCGCAGAGCGACACCGAUUAUUUUUGCUCGCGAGCGUGCAGGGAGGAAUCGAUGAACAAGGAGCUACAAUACGACGAUUGCUCCGGUUCAGAUUCGGAGUGA